AUGUGGGAUGGUGUUGAGUGUGAUGAGCUCACAGGUCAUGUGAUCGGCCUUGAUCUCAAGAGCAGCUUUCUCUAUGGUUCCAUUGACUCAAAUAGCAGCCUUUUCAACCUGCUUCACCUCCAGUUCCUUGAUCUUUUCGACAAUCAUUUUAAUUACUCUCAAAUACCCCCUGCUAUCAGGCGGCUUUCCAAGCUCACCUAUCUCAACCUACAAGCCUCUGUCUUUUCCGGCCAAAUUCCUUCAGAAAUUUCACAGCUAUCAAAAUUGUCACAUCUUUACUUGUCCGGUAGCGUUGAUCCAGUUUCUAAAGAAAAUCUAUUGGAACUCAAAAGACAGGAUUUGGAGAGCUUGCUUUUGAACUUGACAAACCUUGAGGAUCUUGGUCUCAGCUAUGUGGACAUAAAAUCAACACUGCCUGACUCGUUGGCAAAUUUGUCUUCUUUGACAACCCUGGCCAUGAAGAACUGUAAGCUGAAAGGUGAAUUCCCAGUCAAUAUUUUUCAACUUCCAAACUUACAGCUUCUCACUGUGCGAUUCAAUGAAGAUUUGAGUGGAAGAUUGCCUGAAGUACUUAACCAGAAUAGUUCUCUUGAGAUAUUGUUGCUGUCAGGCACAUAUUUUUCUGGGGAUCUACCUACAUCAAUUGAAAAUCUUGCUUCUUUGAUUCAGUUGGAAGCUAAGGGCUGCAACUUUUCAGGGGUGAUUCCAAGUUCCAUAGGUAAGCUAAACCAACUCAUUGAAUUAGACCUCUCUAAAAAUAAAUUUACUGGAAAAAUCACUUCUAACUUGGCAAACUUAACUCAACUCACUGCUUUAGAUCUUUCUUCAAAUCAUCUUAGUGGAUCAAUUCCUUCUGCAUUAUCAAAGCUAAAAAAUCUAGAAUCGCUGAUCCUAAGUGGUAAUGAUUUGAGUGGCACUGUGGAUUUUGACAUGUUUAGUGGCCUACAAUACCUCUAUUUUCUUGACCUAAGUCGAAACAAACUUUCACUGGUUGUUAGUUCUAGGACAAAUCAUAGUUUUCCACAAUUUAAAGUACUGAAAUUGUCUGACUGCAAUUUAAAAAAGUUUCCCGACUUUCUUAGGCAUCAAAAAAGAAUGGGGGUUUUAUCUAUUGGGCGUAACCCUAUUGGUGGUCAAAUACAAGAAUGGAUGUUGAACAUAAGUAGAGAAACAUUGUCCACCAUUUUUUUUUCUGGAAACUCUUUCACAGGGGAACUAUCACCAAAAAUAUGCAAUCUUAGUUCCCUUCAAGUCCUUGAUUUUUCAAACAAUGAGUUAGUUGGUAAGCUUCCACAGUGUUUUGGGAAUUUUAGUAAGUCGUUGUCAAUUAUAACACUCACAAACAACUCUUUUUCUGGAAAUAUCCCUGAAUUUACUAUAGGGAACCAACUACAAAUUAUUCAUUUAGGUUAUAAUCUAUUUGAAGGGAAACUAUCCAAGUCACUUACAAAUUGUAGGAUGCUUGGAUUCCUCGAUGUAGAAAGCAAUAACCUCAAUGAUGUAUUUCCGCAUUGGUUGGGCUCUCUUCCAGAGUUAGAAGUUCUUAUGUUGCGAGCAAAUGAAUUUCAUGGAGCUAUAAAGGAGCCCAAAACAAACCUUGUUAACUUCCCAAAGUUACGGAUAAUUGACGCAUCUUACAAUAAUUUCAUCGACAAACUACCGUUGAAAUACAUCCAGAGCUGGGAAGCCAUGAAAAGUACAAGUGUUGAGGGCUUUGAUUAUAUGUGGACGCCAGGCUUCAAUCACCUAUACGAGGGCACCAUUAUUCCUACGAGAUACACCUUUUCAAUUACAACCGAAAUCAAAGGCAUGUAUAGAAGUUUUCCGAAGAUCCAAAAUAUUAUUGCAAUCAUAAAUCUCUCCAACAAUAAAUUUGAUGGAGAGAUUUCUGAAAUCAUUGGAAACAUAAAGGGGCUCUAUUCUCUUGAUUUAUCCAACAAUCGUCUCAAAGGAACUAUACCACAAUACCAUCUAAGCAGCUUUGAGAGUAGUUCUUACGAGGGAAACUUGGGACUAUGUGGUAUUCCAUUGCAAAACCUGUGUGAAAAAUCUAAUUCGUUGAAACCAGCACUUCCAGUUGCGAAACAAGUGUCAAGCUCUCCAUUUCAAUUUGAUUGGAAAGUUGUGGUGAUAGGAUAUGCAUGUGGAUUCUUUGUUGGAUUGUUCAUUGGGGAGAUUGUGAUUGCGAGAAAGCCAACCUGUUUUAGGACGCCGCCGCCGACGGGACCACUCCGCCACACCUUGCCGACCGAACCACCGCGCCACCACCGGACCACCACGCUGCACAGGUUGACACCCAUGGCAAAUGAAAGGAAUAGAAAGUUUUCAAGGAUCGAAGAACGAAGAGAGAAUGAGUCUCUUGCACCUUUGAAGCACAAGCGAAAGCGUAGACUUCAAAUCAUUGAGGAUUCUCCAGAACUUGAAAAGUCAACUCAUGUCAAGGACAAGCCAAAGCGUAGGCUUCGAAUCAUUGAGGAUUCUCCUGAACUUGAAAAUUCAACGCAUGUUAAGGACAAGCCAAAGCGUAGACUUCGAAUCUUUGAGGAAUCUCCUGAACCUGAAAAUUCAGGCCUUUAG